AUGGAGAAAAUUGAUGAUGAUAAGGGGCGCAAAUCGCCGCCGGAAAAAAGUUCAAAGAAGAAAAGUGACCGCAAGUCACGUUCACGCACCCGAAGCCGCAGCACCAGCCGUGCGGACAAACGGCGCAGCCAUUCGCGGAGUCCGAGCUACCGCCGGCGACAUGUUGGUUCGUCGAGCAGAAAGCGUUCCCGCAGUCCACCGAUGUAUCGCCCGAGGCGCCGUUCACCACCGCCCAUGCGACGACAUGGGCAUGGACGUCGGCGUAGCCGUUCGCCUCUUAUGAGUGGAAGAGGUGUGGUUGGCAGUGGUGGUGGUGGCGGCGGUGGUGGAAUGCAGAUGGGAAUGAUGGUUGGUAAUCCGACCGAUGCUCAAUACAUGAUGCAAGGUUCCAUGUAUGAUCCUUCCUUCUACGGAGGUUAUGCGAACAAUGGAGGGUAUAUGGGUGGAUACGGUGGCUAUGAUUACGGAAUGGUUUCCGGAGGUUACAGCACCGGAACGAUGAUGGAUCCAUCGCAGGGAAUGAUGAUGGGCGGAGGUGUACCAUCCGAGUGGGACCAUGCUCCCGUCCAACCGGUUGUCCAGGAAACGGAGGAAGAAAAACGCAAACGCGAAGCUGCAGUGACGCUAGAGCUGUUGAAUCAGCGUGCGGCAAUGAAAAAGCAGCGCGACGAUUACAAACAGCGUGCCGGUGCGCUGAAGCGUGAAUUGAAAACGCUGAAAGAGCAACGGUCGGACCUUUGCUCCGGACGGGAACCACCCUCACCGACAACGAGCGUGUUUAUCAAUGAGAAUGACAAAUUGCAGUCGCAAAUACAGGACAAGAUCAAAACGAUCGAAAAUGUGAUCGAUAUGCUGGAUGGUAUUAUAGCGAAGGAUAGGACACCGUCGCCGCCGCCCGGUAUGCUGCUGCCCGGCACAAUGGCACCGCUCCUUACCAUUCCGGAAACAUCACCGACUGGUGGAACUCGCGAGAGUGAUGUGGCAGAAGCGAAUCGUCGCGCAUACCGUAAUCCAUCGCACUCGCCACGUGCCGACGGUGGUGCGACGACGAAUCGUGACCGAUCGGAGUCACCGUCCCCAGAACGGCUAAAGAAUGAAGUCCUGGAAAGUAUGCAAGCACGAGGAAAACGUAAAACAUCUGAACGACAAAGUGACGGCAAUUCUGACGGAAAAAAGAAGAAAUCACCCUACAAUUACGUUCACUAUGAUCCUGAACUGCAUUGGUGCACUAGCUGUAAUGUGUUCCCAAAAACAGCCAAGGAGUAUCUGACCCAUUUACACUCUGAGCAGCAUCAAGUUGGAACACGUGUUGACGAGAGCUCGAGUGAAGAGCUGAAGGCAAAAUUUGCACCAUGGCGUACACUGCUGGACAAAGACGAUACGAUGACGAACCCGGACGCACCGUCCAAACGGGUACCGAUACGUGGGUUAGAAUUUUUCGUUCCAGCUACAGCGUGGUACUGCAAGCUUUGCAACUACUGGAUGGGCGAUCUGCACAGUGCCUCGUGGCAUUUGAAAUCGCAAAGCCAUGCCGAUGCGUACAGCAAACAUAUCGGUGUCCAUAAAAACUACGAAAUGGACUGGAUGGCGGAUCGACAAACAGCACUCGAAGAGUACGGACAGUCGACGAAUCAGGAUGGAGAUAUUCCUGCACCACCACCCCCACCCACAGCCGAAGAGUUACGGCUAGCUGCCUCCGGUACCCAUCCGAACAGUGCCAUACUACAGGCAUCCUCCUCUUUCCACAUUCUACCCAAAAGCUCCAACCAGGAACAUAACGAUGGUGUAUCAAAGUCCGACCCCAACUCUGCAAACUCGAAAAAGGCCAAGAAAAAGAAAUCUCGCAAGGAAGAUCGGAAAGAGAAGAAGAAAAAGAAGCGAACAAAGAAACGGAAGCGUGCAGCUGCUUCGUCCAGUUCAUCCUCCUCGUCUAGCAGCAGUUCCGAGUCUUCCGAUUCGGAUUCCGACUCGGGCUCGGACGAUGGAUCUAAGGGAAGUGCAAAGGAAGAAAAUCCAAUCCAUGCCGCUAUGCGUAACAUUUUGAACUCUAAGGAGGUAAAUGCGCGGGAAGUGAUGGCGGCAGCAGCCGUCGCUGCAGCAGCUGCAGCUGCAUCAAAGCAUGGUGGUAAAGAGGACGGGUCCGGUCCAUCCGGUGCCGCAAAAGGUGAGCCUAAUUUAGGCAAAUGGACGGUUGUGCAUCCGGCACAAGAAAAAAAGCUAGCCUCAAUACAAUCGGUACCGCCGCCGAAACCAACAUCGAACUUUCCAGUUUUAAUAACCAAUUCCUCCGCUCAAGAUGCGGAUGAUAGUAAGAAGCGCAACGCUGCAGCUCGUGAAGACGAACGAGAUCGGGAUCGGGAUCGGGAUCGGGAUCGUGAAAAAGAUCGUGACACUAGGGAUCGCGAUAGAGAUCGACGUAGUGUUGAUCGGCGAGAUCGUUGGGAUCGAAGAGACAGUCCGGACCGAUACGCUGGACGAGAUCGUGACCGGGGACGGCGAUACGAUUACCGUGACUAUCGUGACCGGCGCGAUCGUCGCCGAAGUCGAUCACGAGGACGCAGGAGCCGCAGUGGAAGCGGUCAAGGACGAAGGUUCCGUCGUCGAUCGUCGUACUCACGCUCGCGUUCUCGAUCGCGCAGCCGAUCAAGCCGGGGAAGUCAUCGCGUUAUUGAAAAACCGGUAGUAAACUUUCCGCCUCAGCCGAAAUCGAUAAAACAGGACAAAAAGAGUUCAUCGAAGACGUCUGGCAAAUCAUUUGGCCGUUCGGAUGAUGGUACGGGUAAAAAGAACAAAUCCUCAUCGGUCGGGACGGUCAAAGAAAAUAACAGUGUGCAACCGAAGAAACUUCCGUUCAUUGGACGCAUGCCGGUGUUUAAGAAGCAACAGGCGGAAAAUGCAAAGAAAGAAGAAGCGGCGGCGGCAGCUGCUGCAGCCGGUCCAAGCGCCGAAGAAAGCAAUGACGGUGUUGUUGCCGGGGAACAAGCCGGUGGUGAAUUGGUGGUUCCUUCGGAAGGUACUGAUUCGGUCAGUGUGUCUAUGGCCACUGAAGGCGCUGAUGUGAAUGAAGCUGCCGGGACAGCUUUGAUGAUGAUGCCUGGCCAGGAAGUAGCCGUUUAUGAUCCCCAAACAGCACAAGACGCCGAAACUUAUCAGUACGCGGAACACCAAAUGGAAGAAACAGUAGUACCCCAAGACAUGGAUGUGGCCAGUGCGGAAGAGCUAGGGGAGGAGAAUAUGGCCGCCCAGGAAAUGGAGAACAAUACCGAGGCAACUGGGGACAACCCCGAACAGCAGGAUCCCGAAGCGUACGUAACAGCCGAUGGGCAGGUUCCGCUGCCGAAAGAUUUUCAGGAAGCGUUGGACAUUAUUUACGAUGGUGGCGAUAAACCGAAGCGUGCGGAUGUGAUUGCCAAGGAAGCGGCCGCCGCUGCUGCAGCUGCGGCAGCAGCAGCUGCUGCUAAAGCGGAAACAGUGCCUGAUCCGCACGAGCAAGGAGCUCUGAUGCCGGGAAUGGGUGUACCAAUGAUGAUGGACCACGAUCAACCACACAUGAUCGUACCGGAAGCGAUCGAUAUGUACAACCAGCAGUACGCGCUUGAGUAUGGGAUGCAUUCGGCGGCAUACAUGGCAGCGGCUGGAGCUGCAGCGGUCCAUGGUAUGAUGAGCAUGGGUCACGGUGUUGUGCCUACAGAGAUGCAUUACGUGGAGGACGAAUCGCAGAACCAACCGCUAGACAAUAUGAUGUACGGUGCAAUGCAUACGGCUUCGAGUGCGGCAGCAAUGAUGCACCAUCACCAAAUGAUGGCGGCCGGUGCACUCGAUCCAAAUGCCGCAGCGUACGCGAUGGCAAUGGUUGCCGGCGGAGGAUACACGCCAGAAAUGAUGGCCAUGCACCAACAUCAUCAAGCUUCGGUUGGCAUUACGAUGGAACAGGCGGCGGCAUCUGAUGCUACUCUGAGUGAAGCUUAUCCUUCCGAAAGUACAACGCAAGCAAACGAGGGUGAAACUGCUGCAGCAAACACAGAGGAAGCUGCAGAAAAGAGUAAACCAGAAGUAGAAGAGACUCCGGCUGAGAAUAAUGACGGGGAAGAAAGUCGGACAGAAACGAUAAAAGUAAAAGAAGACUCUAUAGAUGACAAUAAGGAAGUAGUAGAAGGUACAACUUCCUACACGGAGGACGAACAGCAGCAUCAGCAGGAGCAACACGUACUGAAUGAAGAGUCAGUCGAAGAAGAACAACCGGUUGAAGAGAUGGCCUCCUACACGGAACACGAACACCAUGUUGCUGAUGAAGAGUCAGCAGAGGCCGAACAAGCUGUAGAGGGAAUCUUCGCAUACAACGAACGCGAACAACACCACGCGCUAGAUGAAGAACCAGUGUAUGAUAAUGAUGCAGAGGAAGUCGUCCAUAUGCCCGUCGAAGAAAAUUACGUUGAAGAUUCGAUGCAAUCGAACGAGCAGUACGAGCAACCGGCAUCGAUGGAAAAUUUCGAAGAGCAAGCCCAAUCUUCGAACGAGCCAUUCGAGCAAGCUACAUCAGAUGACGGGGGCUAUGUAGAACAGCAGGUGCUAAGUUCCUCGGAGGAACACUACGAACAGGUCGAACCGAUGGAAUCGACGCAAUCCAUACUGGAUAGUAUGAUGGCUGCUGCCAUGGGCAACUACGUUGAGGAGGAAGAAGUUGCCGAAGAACAUUCACAAGAUUCUUAA